GGGUAACCACACGUACUACUACUACAUCUAUUACUCGUGAGGCAUUCUGUGUAAUUUUGUAAUUUACUUUGAAAAGUGAAUUUCGUAACGUUGUAAUUUCUGUAAAGUGACCUCGUUGAUCCUUUUGUUCUCUCGUAGGUGGAACAUCCUCGAAUUGGUAAAAUAUGCUUCGAAAUGUUGCAAGACAGCUCCCCCUCCUUAGACAGUGUACCACAGCAUUAUGGACAACACAGAGAAACGCGAGCACUCCUGGAGAAUUUCCCCGCACACAAAGAGUAGAAAGACUGGAGAAAACAAUAAAUCAGGUUAUGCUCCUUGGACGUGUUGGAGCAAACCCAGAAAGGCGUGGAACAGAGGAGCAUCCAGUUGUGACAUUCAGUUUAGCAACUCAUACAAAUUACCGUAAACAGGAUGACUUGAUUCAGCAAACUGACUGGCAUCGGAUUGCAGUGUUCAAACCAUACCUUAGAGAUGUUGUAUAUCAGUACAUGAGUAAAGGACAGAGAGUCAUGGUUCAAGGCCGCCUAGGAUACCUGGAACGAAAGGAUCCUAAUGAUGACAGCAUCAUAAAAACAGCAACUAUUGUUGCAGAUGAGGUUAUAUUUUUCAAUAAGAGUGGUCAGGUAGAAGACAUGCAAGCAAUUUAGAGAUGUAACUACAAAAAUUCAAGGCACUUACAAAAAACUCCACAAAGCAGAUGUGACUGUCUUCUGUUUUUAUCAUGAACUGGAAACAUAGAAACCCUCUGUCAUCUGUCCUUACUGAAACUUUCUGGGAUGCUGCAAGGGCUUUAUUACAAUGUUUUAGUAAAUUAAGUUUGUACUUUUG